AUGAUCGGACUUCCAGCUAACUCCUCAACAGCAAUGCUAUAUGCACCUAGACGGUUCCGUGGAUUAGGCCUUCUCAGAUGCUCAUGGGAGGCCCCUCUUCAACAUUGGUCUAUUGCACAAAAACUGGCUAGAGUACAAGACUCCAUAUUCCAAGCCAUUUUUUCUUAUGACGAGGAAGUGAUGCAGUGCUCGGGGCGUCUGGGCCUUGACGUGGUGAGCAUGGAGAGCACUUCUAAUAUAAGAACUAUAAGAAGGAAUUUGAGAGAGAAUUCGUUUGAGGAAUGGGCAAGGAACAAAUGGCAGGGAAUUGGAGUGAUACACUUCAAGGAUUACCCCAGAGCAAAUAAUUACAUCUGUAAUAGGCAAUUACUCAGUGGAUCAGAGUGGACUAACAGCAUAAAGCUGAAUACCAACUAUGCCCCCCUUAAAGCAGUUCCUGGUGUAAGUGGUUUGAACGUGGGGAACGUGGCAGGAUCCCUCUGUCGCAAAUGCUGCAGAGAGCCCGAAACUCCAGCACACGUGCUGGGCAAGUGUCCUGCUAACGGUCUCCUCAUCACUCGUCGACACCACAAUGUUAAGAAAAGAAUUGCUGAACUGCUUACUUCUAAGGGGUGGACAUGUCUGGACGAAGUGUAUUGCAUCGACACGGAUGGAUCGACGAGGUACGUGGAUAUAUUAGCCUUCAGUAGUAAGACUAAGUCGGCACUCGUGAUUGAUCCUACGGUAAGGUACGAGUCCAAUGAACCCGAACAAGGAAAACGAGUGGACGCCGAAAAGAAAAGUAUAUACGAGAAGUGUAUACCUUACCUAAGGGAAAAAUUUCAUGAAGAAUUUGGUGACAGGUCCUACGAGGUUACUGGUCUUUGGUUCGGGGCAAGAGGGACCAUCCCUGACUUCACAGCUAAAUUUUUCAAGCUGCACGGUAUAGACAGUGAUCUGCCGACUAUCAGCGAGAAAAUUAUAAUAGACUCUAUAGGCAUUAUCCAUCACCACAUUUAUUCUUAG